AAUUGAGAAACGAUCCCGUUGUGUCAUUGAUGCAUGUUUUAAGCAAUCUCUCUAGAUAUGAAAGGAUAUGUUCAUUCUAGAGAUGGGGAUCGGGGGCUGUGGGUGUGAAAGCCAAGAAACUUCGGCUGUCUGAUGCUGUUAACUUCGACGUUGAUCCUGCAUGAUGGCUUAGUGUUUCAUUGACUGCAAAGAACGCGAAUCCUGGCCGCAACAAGCAAAAAUAUGAAGUCAUAUGAGAAAAGAUCGCCAAGGGAAAGAACUCAACGUAGCUAAAAUUUGUGAAAAUAACAUUGAAGAGUAAAGCGAGUGAGAGAGAGAAAAGGAGCAACCAAAUGAAAAUGACAAGACUGCAAUCCAGAGCAUUCAUGGCCACAGGGAGGGUCAACACAUCAUCCAUGGAUCCUUUUGGCAUGAUUAUGUUCAAUGAAACCUAUGAAGGGAACUGGACUGGAUCGAUCAAUGACACUGGAGCUGAGCAAAAAUAUCAGUACAACUAUUAUGCCAUGCUCCUGACUCUUCUCAUCUUUGUGAUUGUAUUUGGCAAUGUGCUGGUGUGCAUAGCCGUAUCCAGGGAAAAAGCCCUGCAGACCACCACCAACUAUCUGAUUGUCAGUCUAGCAGUGGCAGAUCUCCUUGUGGCCACUUUGGUAAUGCCAUGGGUUGUCUAUGUGGAGGUGGUGGGGGAGUGGAGAUUCAGCAGGAUCCACUGUGAUAUUUUCGUAACUCUGGAUGUCAUGAUGUGCACAGCGAGUAUCCUUAACCUUUGUGCCAUUAGCAUCGACAGGUACACUGCUGUUGCCAUGCCAAUGCUUUAUAAUACGCGGUAUAGCUCCAAGCGAAGAGUCACUGUUAUGAUCUCCAUUGUCUGGGCUCUUUCCUUUGCCAUAUCCUGCCCGUUAUUAUUUGGACUAAAUGACUCAGAUACUAGGGAUGACACCAUCUGUAUCAUGAUCAAUCCAGACUUUGUUGUCUAUUCGUCCAUUUUCUCGUUUUAUAUCCCUUUCAUUGUCACGCUGCUAGUGUAUGUCCAGAUCUACGUUGUGCUGAGGAAAAGGAGGAAGCGGGUGAACACAAAAAGAAGCAGUCGGUUUGAUUCCGAAAUCCGGGCACCAUUAAAGGAUAAAUGUACCCACCCAGAGGAUGUGAAGCUGUGCACAGUAAUUGUGAAAUCAAAUGGAAGUUUUCCAGUCAAUAAAAAGAAAGUGGAAGCGGUCAACCACCAGGAUGAUAUGGAGAUGGACAUGAUGUCAUCGGCCAGUCCACCGCUGGAGAAGACCAAGCGCAAAAUAGCGAUGGUCAACCGACAGCUGACAGCGCCCAAUCCGUCUAACCCAGGUGCCAGCACAAGCAUGCCAUCGCCUGGAGGCAGCCCAGCAAAAGGUGAGAAGAACGGACACCCCAAAGACAUAACCACAGCACCCAAAGCUUUCGAAAUCCAGCAGUUGCCAAAUGGCAAAACAAGAACUUCACUGAAGAGCUUGAGCAAAAGGAAGCUGUCCCAGCAAAAGGAGAAAAAGGCAACUCAGAUGUUGGCCAUUGUCCUUGGUGUCUUUGUUAUAUGUUGGUUACCAUUCUUCAUCACCCAUAUUCUCAACAUGCAUUGCACUACAUGCUUAAUCUCGCCAGCAAUGUAUAGUGCUGUCACCUGGCUAGGAUAUGUCAAUAGUGCUGUGAACCCAAUCAUUUACACCACCUUCAAUGUGGAGUUCAGAAAAGCUUUCAUCAAAAUCCUCCACUGCUGAAGAAUUUGCCCAGAGAAUGUAAUUGUGCCACAUUUCUUCAAAGCUGCAGCAUGGAAGUGUACAGAGAUGGCUUUUUUUCAUCAACGUCACACUUUGUAUUGCUCUUCUCUACAAAAGAGCCUUAUCCAACAUAUGUGCCAUUGUGGAUUGGAAAACAAACAAGGAAAACAAAAUUGUAUCAUUCAAGACACUAAGGGACUUUAUCCCUCUUCACAAUUGAAGUCAUCUGUCCUUUCAACACUGAGAGUCAACAGCAUGAUAUAAGCUAAGUACAUCUCCAUGUCCAGAAAUUUCCAUAUGACUAUUCCAUGACUGCCAAAAACUGCUUUCGAGUCAGUGAAAGAAGCUACCUGGUAGUUCAGUGGACAGGUGAGCUUUGGACAGCUAGGGAAAAAACAAAAACGAUUCUCACCAUCAGACUCUGAAGGGCAUCAUUAUCUCAUCCACUUAAGAACAUUAACUUCAGCGAGACCAAUGACAGAUAGUGACCCAAUAUAACAGGUUGCAAAGCGUCAUAUUUGAAUGUAAUUACUGAAUUCAGUAUUGGUCAUAAAAGGUGAACUUUAGUAUUUGAAUUAUUAUGGACUGGUUGUCUGGAGCAGUUCUUUCAAGUCACAGAUUCAAACCCUGAAUUAGUAUUCACUGAGGCCAACUACAAUGAAGUCUGGUCAGUUUUUGUUUAUAUCUCAUUAGAGAUAAUGUAUUGAAAGUAAGAAUAGUAUAAGGUUUGCCAGAUGCCAGACUAAACUGCAAUUGAAUCAAGUCAAAUUAAAGGUGUAAGUUUCAACAUGUCCAUUUCACACAUGUACAAGAGGUAGAGAAGCUUGGAGUAUCAUAAAUUGUGAUAGUUUGGUAUCAGCAGAUAAUUGACUACAAUAUAUCAACAUCCUGAGUGUUACCAUUGACCAGAAACAAAACUAGAUCAGCCAUAUAUAUAAUGUGGCCACAAGAGCAAGUCAUUUGCUAGGAAUCCUGCAGCAAAUAACUCACAUCUGGAUUCUCCAAAGCCUGUCCACCAUUUACAAGGCACAAGUCAGGAGGGUGAUGGAAUACUCCCCACUUGCCUGGAUGAGUGCAGGUCUAACAACACUCAAAAAGCUUGACACCAACCUGGACAGAGCAACACACUUGAUUAGCACCCUAGCUACUGUCUUCACCAUUCACCCCUUCACCAACACACAAUGCCAACUGUGUAUUGUCUACAAGUUGCAUUGCAGUAUCUUACCAAAGUUCCUCUGAUGUUGAAUUCUAAACCCAAGGCCUCUACCACCUAGAUGACAAAGGCAUUAGAUGCAAUGGGACAUCACCCCUGCAAGGUCCCCUCCAAACCACUCAGCAUCCUGAUGCAGAAUUAUGUCACUGUUGGUUCAUUGUGACAAGGUCAAAAUCUUGGAUCUCCAUUCCUGAGGACAUGGUGGAUGGACCUAUUCAGUAAAGACUGCAGGGAUCAAAAAGGCAGCUCACCGCCAAUUAGGGCAAUUAGGGAUGAGUGAUAACUGCUGGCCCAGCCAGCGAUGCCCACAUCCUAUGAAUGAAUAGCAAAAGAAGUCUCAGUAUCCUUCCUCUGGCAUGGGAAAACAGCUUCAAGGAUUCCCAUUGCUUACUCAAGGAUUUGUUGGCUGGCACCUGGAGUGCUUUUAGUGUUGGAUGAAGCUAUAGAGUCCUUCAGAAUUGGGAAGUUUGUUGACACUCAUGUCUAACUUUCCAUAUCAAGAAUGUUCGAAUAAAUGUGUGGAUAACACAGAUUCAAAAAGAAUGCUGAAAAUACCCACUCCUCCAGGGAACAAGUCAUAAACGCUGGUUUUAUCAGUGAUGACCAUCUCCUGAGAAUUGGUCCUUUUACCAAAAAAUUGAGAAUGAGGUACUGAAGGAAAUCCACCUCUGGCAAAAUUCCACAGAAGAAUUUUCAGAAAAAAGCGUGUACAAAGCAACGCAGUUCAUUUAAAUUGGAGGAAGCAUUGACAAGUUAAGAUUGUGUGAUGCAAUGAUUUGAUUCCUUGAAAUCAUAUUUCAAUUAAUUAAUAUAACUUCAUUGGCUUGAGAGAUAUUUUAUUGUACUUCAGAUACUUUUAUGGCAGUGUGUGGCAUUCCUGCAAUGCUCAAGAGCAGAUUAGGAAAGGGCAGUAGUUCAGACAUGAAUGAAAUUCACUAAUCAGGCCAUUUACAUUCUCCUCCAAAUCAUAAAACAAAAAAUUAGGGGUCCAGGCACUGAUCCCUGCAGAACAUCACUGGUCACAGAUCUCCAACCAGAAAAACACCCUUCCAUUGCUACUCUCUGUCUUCAAUGACGAAGCCAGUUUUGUAUCCAUCUUACCAGCUCACUGUGAAUCCUGUGCAACUUCACCUUUGGUAUCAGCCUGCCAUAAGGGACUUGCUAAAAGCCUUGCUAAAGUCUGUAUAGAUAAUAUCUAUUGUCUUGACCUCGAUCAUUUUUGUCACUUCCUCAAAAUACUCCAUCAAAUUUGUGAGACACAACCUUUCCUGCACAAAUCCAUACUGCCUGUCCCUAAUAAAUCCAUAUUUUUCCAAAUAUGAGUAAAUCAUUAGAGUCUUCUCCGAUAAUUUCCUUACCACUGUCAUAAGGAUCAUAUCCCAGAUUAUCCUUCUACACAGUUCUCAAGUCAUAAUAAAUUGUAGCCAAAAUGUCAACAAAGACAAAAAUACGUAGACUUAAAAGACAGGCAUCCCACAGUAAUGUGUUGCUUGUUCCAAACUCUGAGAUCGUAGUCAACAGUCACUUACUAGUGGAAAUGAUUCAAAAUUGCUGCCUCAACAAAUGGAACCAAGCUAUUAGAGCCACACGAAGGUUGGAAACCGAGAGAAAAGUCAGAUUGCAAAAAUGACCGCGUCUUUAAAAAAUGUUAUGGUCCUUGUUGUGGUCAAACAGUUCUCAGUCCAACUAGUGUUUCCACACCCAACUGCUGGAAGAAAGUGCUUGGAUCAUGAUGUCACCUCAAAACAAAGUUUUGAUAAUUCCACGGAGCUCCUGGGAUUGAUCUAAACAUAUCAAGUACAUCCCAAGAUUGACAAGGAGAACAUCUAAUUAUUACAAUGAAGCCAAAUUACCGUGGCGCAAACCAAAACAAAAAGAGACUUGAUUGGCCAAAUGACAUUGUUACUAAAGAAUUUGAACUUCUGGGUGAGAUAGAUAGUAUUUUCCCCAGAAUCCUAAUUGUUUGAUAAGCCUAAAAUGAUUUCCAAUAGUUUAUCCAUACAGUAAAUGUGGCAAAAAGCAUUGUUCACAAUGUUAAGUUCUGGUGCCAGGUCAUGAAAGCACAUGAAAAUAUUUCUGAACUCGACUUGAACUGUGAAUUAUCCUCUAUGACUGGCACUUGCAUUAGUCCAUUUCUAUGCAGCUGUCAUCCAGAAGAAGUAAUUGAUCAUUGUGCUUGACUUCAUAGAGAAGUCAAUUUUGAUUAAAUCAGCUCAACUAACUUAACGGCAAUUAUAAAUUUGGAGCUCUGUUGC